CGUGUGUAACCAUGGUAACGGCAGAGCGCGUCAACAAACCUGUCAUGGCGGACGCACGGCCUGCGGUUGCGCGCGAGCUCCCAACCAGGGACUUGUUCCAUGCCGCAGUGUGUGGAGAUCCCAAAUGGCUGUGUUUGAGUCUGGAGAGGGUCCAGUCACCAUCUCAACAGCACAAUAAACAGGGUCUUACAGUGCUCCACGUGGCUGCUCAGCAUGGUCAGCUAAAUUGCUUGAAGCUGCUGCUAGAAUCUUCCACAGUGGAUGUGAAUGCAAGAUGUCCCCAUGGCCGGACACCGUUGCACAUGACGUUGAGCCCAGAGAGCAAGCCAAACUCUUUCUGCUGUCUCACAUAUCUACUGGAACAUGGAGCAGAGCCCAAUGUUUCCACAGAUAAUGGCCUGACCCCACUGCACAUGGCUGCAGCUGAAGGACUGAAAGAAUGUGUUGAAAUGCUGGUUAGUGUUGGAGCAGACACUCAUGCACUCGAUUGGCGAGGACACACACCCUUUGAACUUGCAUGCCUGUGGGGUCACAGGGCUGUUGCCAGGUUUCUUAAAAAUGCAAUGUGGCACAGAGAUAAGGAGAUAGAAAUGGAGAAACGGCAAGAACUGCAGACUCUCAAAAAGAAUAUGAUGAGAUUGCACAGGAAAGCAGAGGAAAUGCAGGAGUUAGCUAGAGUUGCCAUAAGAGAACAGAAUUUCUCAGAGUGGGUUGAGAGGAAGGGUCUUCGCAAUAUCAAAUCUCCUACACCAGGCUCGUGGGCAUUAAGCCAUCACUGCUGCCAUUCUGAUGAGCCCGUCAAGAAACACCAUGCAACUCAAUCAAAAUCAAGAGACAUGUGGAACAUCUCAUCUAAUCCGUCAAGACCUCCUCCAACAAACAUCAGCAGAUCUAAAACAGCGAGAAUCAGUGUCCAUCCAGAGGAAGCAGCAGAUGAGCCCAAUCUGCGUCAGAGUGUGACACUGCAUCAUAUUGGACAUUGUCAAAUCCUCUGCACUGCAUCAUGGGAUGGUGUUCAACAGCCGGUACCUGACCUGCCACUUGAUGUCAUUCAGAAAGGCCUGUUUUCAUCUGAAUUUCCUUCCCGAAUAUCUGGUUCACUUCAGCUCCAAUGCUCCAAUGUGCUUGAUGUGCCUCAUCGACGAGGUGCUCAUAGAACUGAAGCAUCCCCCUGGACUGAAGUGGUAAUGCAUCUGGCUGAGGAGCUCCAACCUGGCCAUUACUGAACACUAAAUUCACUGGACUGACAGGGCGGGGCUUAGGGUGGUCUGGGCUGGGCAAUCCAGAUAUAGUGUACUUUUAGAUAUCUAUAGAUAGAUAUGCUAUACACUUCUUUUAAAAUAUUCUAUGUAGACACAUAUUAUGGGCAAAAAAAUAAUAAAAGUUUAUUAUCAAGAAAAAAAAAUGUAUAGAUUUUUUUUGAAUAAAUAAAUGAAUUGCCCUAGUAUAUUACAUUACAUUUUGUUAAUGAAGUAGAAUACCAUUUUCUAUGAUGACGAAAAGCACAUACUUUAAACUGGAUUUUUUUUUCUUGUGCCUAUUUGACAGUAAAAAUAUUACAAAUAUGGCCCAGGGAAAUUGAAAUGCAUGCAUAUAUUUCUAAGCGAAAUCUUUUGAGUAGUGUAAAUAGUGUACAUGUAUUAUGUUUUGAGAUGACAACAGAUUUUCUUUCCUAGAUAGAUGAUAGAUACCAGUUCUUUUGGCCCACUGUCCUUUUUCCAGUUGAUUUUUACCUUUUACUACAACCGCAUGAAGGUCCUGAUAAUUGCUGUAUGAUGCGAAUCAGAGAGCUUGCAAAUUGUGUAACAAAUCUGUGUAACAAUCAUUUGCACAAGUGUCAGCAGUGAAGCCUAAUACAAUAAAAACUUUUCCAUGCCACCCUCUGAAAAUGCAUGUCACGGUUUAUUUAAGACACUGACAGGUCUACAUAUAAAUAACUCAAAAAGAAAUCUGACUUUUUUUUUUUUUUAACAGAUCUUGAAAUAAUAUAAAUAACAGAAAAUGAUUGAAUUCAUUUUAGCAAAAUUUGUCAUUUCUGAUUAAGUUCAUGAACAGGUAUGUCAAAAGGCAGCAAAUUUCAGGAAAAAGGAUUUAUAAAAAUGAAUUCUUUUAUAUGGCGGUUUUACCUGCAAGUAGAUUAUUAGUAGAGAAGGUUAUGCUGACCUAGGAACACCUGCUCUCACCUUUCAUAUGAAUCUUAGCCCAAACCGAUUUCAGCUCUCUGUGCAUUUCCAACAUCUCCUCUCUUACUCCUGUAAGUGGUGAAAUCCCCAGGUCCAAGCAUUUUGAAGUGAGCAAGUGUAAUAGUGUGAGGCA